ACAGAGAAAACAAGGUUGUAUAAUUUAAUAAAGUCUGCUCUUCUUGUUUUGCCUUACUGGUUUUGUUUUUUAUAUAUUUUGAAACAAACGUCAUUUAAAACACGUAAAUUAGAGGAGAGGAUGAACAGAGAACACAUAAACAGAUUAUGUAAAUUCAUUGUGCGAUAGAGCAGGGAGAGCUUUUAAACUCCUCCUAAAAACAUCGCAUAGGGUACGUUUCAAACGUCAUUAAGCUCCCUACCUAGACAGCACAUCUGGGUGGCGCACGCGCGAGCCUUUGGAUCCAAAAAUGCUGUCUAGACAGCGAAUCGUUGGGUUUAGGCACAACCACAUUGUCCGGAAAUGAACAAACUCGUGAUGUCAGGAGGAGUGGGAGAGAGUCAGCACAAGUGAAACCAACGUCUAUUUUACAGCUUUAGCGGAUUAUACAGUUAUAACAUUUGCGAUCAUGAAGUUAUUACGUGAGAUGAAUGUUGUGUGCGCUUCUAGGCUGCGGACGAUCAGUUGUCCAAACUGAAAGCGUUUUAACGCGUGCGCUUCCUAUAUCACGUUGACGCGUAUUUCAGCAAACAUGACACGACUCGAAUUGGAACAAGUUACCGAUUUCGGCGAUUUCACGAAAGGAAACGAUUUAAAGGAGUUUUUAAAGCAGACGUACUCCAGCUGCCUGUCAGAUGUUCGUCUGAGUCCGGAUGGACGUCACAUUCAUGUUAUCGUGCGUCAGCCCAGAAGUGGUCUUAUGACAUAUGACAAAAAUCAGAGACCCCAUCUCAUGCAAUGUCAGAAGCUCGCUGAUCUAACGGUGACGCGCAAUGUACCGAUCGUGGAUGUGAUCUAUGUGUCACAGAGCAAAGCAGAAGACGGGUCUUGUGUCCUUGGGAUCUUUUUUGAAAACGGAAAAGCAGAAUUCUGGAAAUUCCUGGAGUCUAGACCAGGAUGGCAUUUACUGCAGACUGUGGAUCUGUGUAACAGCCCUACAGCAAAAGUAGUGUCUGUUUGCAUUUGUCUGAAUUUCAUUGUGUGGUGUGAGGAAAGACCCCUGUCAGAUAGUUCUGGUGAUGCCUGCAACAACUUCAGAUACUGUGUCUGCAUGAGGACUUUAGAAGUGAAUGAAGGGGGUGUCAGUUUGGGGAGUGUGAAAAUUGCAUUGCACCAUAAUCCCCGAUACACGACCAUCGCUUCUGGGGAUUUGGUGUAUCUUCUGCCUGUAACCGACAACUCUCCCGUCAAUGUUUUUAAAGUCUUCCUAGCGUUGUCUCCUGAACAUGACACUUUUAAAGUCCACAGUACCUGUAGUAGUUCCCUUCUCAUGAAAAGUUCAAAGAAGGAAUCAGAUUUUACGAGACUGGUUACAGACUGCGUUGGCAUUCUCUCCACUAUAAAUCCUCCUGAUAUCUGUGGAGUCUCACCUGCUGGAUAUGGAGAUCUCCUCCUACUUCUCAGCACUGGAUGGGUGUGCGUUAUAAAGAGAGACGGCGGUCUGUGGAAAAUAUACAAACUGCCUGACAAUUGCCUCGGCAGUGGUGACACGGAAAAUAGCCUUAAUGUAUAUAAAGAAAUCCUGGCACUAACAGUAAAAAGGACCCUCUUCUUGAUAGAUACUAAAUGUGGUCUGGAAUUAGAGAGAAUAAGUCUGAAAUGGGAGGGUCGUCUCUUUGUGAACAAUUUGGACACUCAGUCUCCACAAAUCCUUUCAGAGACAGGAUUAUUUAAAAUUACACAUAAAGAACUGGAUGCUAAAGCGAGGUCAAUACCCGUUGACUCAAGCACUCUCUUAGUCGAGGCUGUGUUUGAAGAGGCAUGUAAAUAUUACCAGCAAAGAAGUCUUAGCAGUACACAGCUCACAGUGGAAAAGCUCAAAAUAGGUGGGAUGUUUCAGGCCCCCAUAUCACUGGCUGCCAUCCUCGGCGACUACCUUAACAACCAAAACAGCAAAACCUCUGAGAAAAAAUCCUCGGGUCAAGAGAGGUUGAUGAACUCGCUCGAAUCUGAACUUAAGAGCCUUGUUUCGCUAGAGGACAUCAAAACGUCGAUGUUAAAGGCUUCUGAGAAGGAUCUAGAAAGCGACUGUGAAAACCUAGUGCAGCAGGAAAUUUGCAGGCUGCUCAGCGCUGAACUCGACAAGGAAAACCUUCAAUACCUGAACAGCAUCUUCCAUCUCUUUCCCGCCGAGUCCUGGCAUGCCAUGCAGGCCGCCCUCCAGCUGAGGUGCAACGGUGAGGGUUCUUUAUCCUCCAAAGCAUCUGCUGAAUUAUGGAAGAUUAUCCUCAGCCCGGUCCAGCCAACAGCAAACUUCGCUCACUGCAACGGUCAACAGAAACACACCAACGCUGUGCUUCCUGUCUUUGAGCUCCUGUGCCACUCCAUCUUCAAAUUCCAACCUGACUGGUUGCCCAGGUUUCUCGAGCUGGCACUACAGCAGGUUGGCGCAUCCUCCACCUCUUCGUGGAAUUUCGGUGGGAAAGAGAGCUCUGAAAGCAUUCCGCUGUAUAAACGGGCUUUGGCGGUGCUCCCGAGCAAAGGUGCUCAUCAACACCUGGAAGUCGAGCUGCUCUUGUGCAGUCAGCGGCCUAAUGCGAUAAUGCAAGCUUUGAGAAUUCUCAUUGAACUGGGACAGUGGGAACGUGUGACACAGGUAGCCGAGACGUUUUGUCGCCAGAGCCCGCUUCUGAACAAAGAGAUCUUCAGCGCUUUGCUGUUUGAAGUGUCCCAGCAUAGGGAUCUAGACCCUUAUUUGGAUCUGUUGUGGACUCUGUGCCCAGACGACAUGAGCGUUACUAGCAUACUCAAUAUGGUAUUGAAAAAUCUGCCAACUUCCACACAGAACUCGGGACCUUUUGAGGCUGAGGGCAGCCAGAUCACCAUAGGGCUGUUGAAACCACUGCUUAGAAAAGUUCUCCAAAGGGAGACCAAACCUAGUCACGGGUAUGCGGACAUCCUCCAGUCACCCACCCGCCCUCCGCCCACCCCUCCACGGCAGGCAAAGGGAGUUGGUGCUGAGCUGGACCGUGCUCUACCUGGAACCCAAAUGACAUCUCAAGCCGGAAUGCUCUGACUUUUCCAUUUUAAAAAUCAUUCGCUUGUCCUUCCCAUAAAGAUAGGAGACCUAUUUAGGAAUACUAAUUUCCCAAAUAUUAAGAAAUAUUUACUGUGCAUGUUUACUGACUUACAGGUCUGUACUGGAUCAGACAAUAUUUUGUUAACUAUUCAAAUUGUAAAGUAUGUACUUGUGAUAUUAUCCCUAAUAUUAAAUGUAAUAUAUUAGUUUUUCGUUUGUACAACGGUUGUUUUUAACAUUUAUUUGGUUUACUGCAUUUCAUCUUACAUGUGUUUGGCAUAUGGACAGGUUUUUUAUGCUUUCCUCUUAACCUGUAUUUCUCUUUUCAAACUUCCAGACAUGUCGGUUUUAGGAAUCGUCAAAUGGAGGCAUGUUAUCACCCUGAUUGUAUGACUUAACAUUUCAUUUCAUGUUCCAGCUAAUUUAUUUUACCCACCCCUGGGCACCAUGAUGUCUUUUGCUGAGUUGACACUACAGUUCGUUGUCAUGUGUUGUAAUUAUUUAAAUCACACGUGAAAGAUGUAUCACACCUAUAAAAAGGUACGCAGGAAAUGUACAGUAUUAUAUAAUGUAAUAUGCAUGCUGAUGCAUUGGGCUGCUUAGACGGGAUCGACGUGUUAAAUGCUUGAGGAUUGCUCUUUACCCUUUGCUCUUAUUCUAUUAAAGAGCAUUUAAUGUUGUAAACCGCAAUCAAAUGUAACUCUGUACUUCUGCUCUUCAGAUACUCAGAUCUGUUUCUGGCACAUUUAAAUGAGGAUGAAUUGUUAAAAAAAAGUGAAGUAAAGUGAAACAUUUCUGUUAUCAGUUCCCUGAUAUUGACGGUUACAAGUAAACAAUUUUUUUAUGGUUGUUUGGUAAGAUAGGGGAUUUCAGAGGUUCAUAACAUCUGGAAUGUGAAGUCACUAGACCUUUGGAGCCCCACCUACUGCAUUCCUACAGGGCUAAGCUGCACCAACAGCUCUGCUUUAAAUCGAAUUGAACUAAUUUCUAUUAUGCAGUGAAUUACAGUGACACACUGGAAUGACUCAUGUUGGCUUGAAUUGGCUCGGCACAGCUAAUUGUAUUUGAGAACCACAAAACCUUAAAGUUACACACAUUUUCUUUACUGUGCAAACCGUAUGAUUAUCCAAAACCAUGUUGUGAUUGAAAUAUCAAAGGACCUCUUUGUAGACUUCACGAUCUAAAGAAACUAAAACACUGAAAACAGGCAUACUAUGUCACAUUGUUUUAA